AUGUGCUCCUUCAGAACAGUUCGUAGCGCUGGUCGCCACGCUCUCAUUGCCCUUUUCGUCAUCACUGUUCUCUUUGGGACCCUCGCGGCUGCAGCUCCAGCAAAGUACGGUUGCAUGACGCGUGGGCAUCCAAGUAACUCUACUUGCGCCAUGCCACAACCGGGGGACUGCCGGAAUGCCACUGGAGGCGCUGCUAACGGAUCCAUGAUUCAUUGCAAUGCCACGCAGCCGUAUCUCAAUACAACUGCGUUGGAUUAUGGUAUUACUGUGUCCGACCCGGAUCACGCGGACUCCACGACCGAUGAGCUCAGCCAAGGUCUUCCGGAUUCGUCAAAGAAAGCCAGGCUCCCGCCGGUGCCGAUGCCGAAAUCCUACGGCUGCAUGGGCUGCAGUCACUCCAGCGCCGCGGUUGUACAUGCUUCUCAGAUCAUGAUCACGAUUCCGCUUCUAGUUGCAGUAAAUGCCUACUUGUCUUAG